AUGGAGGAAACUGCUAUUUUGACAGUCAAGAUCCCUGGGAGGUUGUGGUUUAUGUUGCAGGAUAUAUCAGAAGAUAUAUACCAAGACACUUUUGUCAGAUCCACUAAGGAGGGUAUCACUAUAUGUGGGAUUGUUGAAAAAGCACAGGCGGUUAAAGCGGCACUACUCGAAGUCGCUUCAUCAUAUAUCACCGAAGUUAUUGAACUACCGAUAUUCAUCCCCGGAAAUUCACCCGAGAAUAGACGAAUAUUCGAUCAGCUUUGGCUCCGAGUCUUGGGACCCAAGUAUUUCAGCACUGUGGAGGUGCUUUUCGAGGAGCCGUAUCUUGAAAUCAGAGGAAAGAGAGAGUUCGUGAGAUCUUUUAAGGAGGUCAUGACGGCCACGAUUGAGAGAGUUUUACCGGAAAAUGUGACAAUUAUACCUGGUGAUUACCGGAGGAUCAGAGAUUACGACAGAACAAGUGAGAUUGAAAGAUUUGCUCAAGCAAAUGAGGUUCUAUGCUAUUUGGGUGAGGAGAACGUCUGCCUCAUAGAUCUUGCAACAGGUGAAGUGGAAGAAGCGUUUGAGUCCAGCUUGGAAGCUGUGAAGAACUGUUUAUUUAAGUGGAAGGAGGUUCUUGAGUCUCUGGAAACGAAAACCGAUGAUGUCGGUUUGGGAAGGUGUGGUGGCUUGAAAUCACCCACUUCUUUUGACGUGCUACAAAAACGCUCAUGGUACCUUUCAGCCAAGGAAAAAACGGAGAAGAUGAAGGAGGAUGUUGUUCACGAGCGUACGGUAAUGGUACCUUCGAAAUUUCUCACAGGACUUAUUGGAAAGGACCGGAGAUCCUGGCGAGAAAUCAAGGUUGGGUACUGUGUAAACUUGAAGAUUCUAGAUCAGGGGAAAGGAACUAGAAGUAAGCAAUUAAUGGAUGAAAAGUCCGAGACUCCAAUCGUUAUCAGCGGAUUUGGAAAUGACGUGAACAGAGCUGCAACUGGGAUUUUCGCUAAAGUCAAGCACCUUAGUAGUUGCAGAGCUGCUAGAAUGCAAAUUGAUGCUAUUUUUCAUAAAAGAAUAGCUGGCUAUAAUUAUUGUCACAGAAACAGGAUCGAAUACGAACACUGGGUGGACAUACGAUUCCCAAGAAGCGAUCUAAGACAUCCUUGUCCGAAGCAUGAAGACGAGAUAGUAGUUCAUGGCAGAUCGGCUUCUGUGACUAAAGCUAAGAAGGAUAUUCUCGAGAUCUACCGAUGGGAGAAGGAUGCGGCCAAACAAAAGACAAUUGAUGUUCCUCUUUCGAUGCCGAAAGAGGUUCGCCAGCUCCUAGGAGACCGUUUAUACGACAGAUCGGAUAAAAAACACUACAAAGGUGUCAAGUUGCUUCGAAAGUUUCCAUGUGUUGGUGUGGAUUAUGAGAUGAAGGAGGAGGAAGGUAUUGCUACAGCUACCGUGUAUGGCACUGAAGAGGCUCUCAGCAGGAUACCCGAGAACCUCAAAAGGCUUAAAAACAUGGAUUAUACUGCCACAAUCUCCGUUCCAACAGUGUACCAUGACAAUUUUGAUUCUGAUGAGCGAAUAAAGAUCAUGAAAGCUGCUGGAGUUGAAGAUCUAUCUGAGGAACAAAAGUUGAAUUUGAUACAGAUUCCUGAGACAGGAUUAGAGGUGAAGUGCAGUGGUGAGAAGCUCACUGUGGAGAUUGUUGCCGAAUUGAUACGGGAAAGAGUAGAGGGAAUCGUUGAUGCGAUUGGUAAAACUAGCACGGUGUACUUUGGCGAAUAUUGCAACUGCUUGACAACUGAAAAUGGAGAUUGA